AUGCGCGCGCAGCCGGAAGCAGCAGCAGCAGCAGCAGCAGAGGGGAAGCAGCAGCAGCAGCAGCAGCAAGGGGACAAAGGGACAAAGGGGCUGUGUGACGUGCUGCUGCUCACCGCCACCCCCAUCCCCCGAACUCAACUUAUGUCGCACUGCGGUUUGCUGCAACUCUCGAAGCUUCAGCCCAGGCCAGCAGCAGCAGCAGCAACAGCAGCAACAGCAGCAGCAGCAGCAGAAGCCGAAGCAGAAGACACGGCCUCUGGGGCCACCGCCCCAGCGGCAGCAGCAAAUUCUAAAGAGCCAGCGCAGCUGCCACACCAGCGCGCAGCAACAACAGCAGCAACAACAGCAGCAGCAGCAGCAACAGCAGCAGCAGCAGCAGGGGCCUCCCCUCGCGUACAAACGAGGGUAAUUGAGAGAGAGGACGAAGCAGCUCUAGCUGAGGUGUACGUACACCUCAAAAAAUGCAUUGCGGAGGGGCAGCAGGCCUAUUGGAUUUGUCCCUUUGUGCAGACAGGAGCUGCUGCAGCAGCAACCAGCAGCAGCAGCAGCAGCAGCAGCAGCGGCAGGGAAACAGCAGGGCGAGGGACUGCUGCUGCAGCGUUUCGAGAACUUCGCAGGAGACUGCCAGGCGUGCAGCUGGGUCUGCUGCACGGGCGGCUGCAGGGGAAGGAGCAGCAGCGAGUGCUGCAUGCGUUUGGGGCUGGAUUAAUUUCUGUUUUAGUUUCCACAACUGUUGUUGAAGUGGGAAUUGAUGUUCCUGCUGCUUCUUUUAUCGUCAUCGACGCUGCAGAGAGAUUUGGCAUUAGCCAACUCCACCAGCUGCGGGGCCGCGCCAUGAGGGACCCCAGCAGGCCGGCAGUUUGUUACCUUCUUUACAACUCCAAAAAAGAGGGUUUGGACGAGCGGGCCCAGGCCCGCCUAGCAGCAGCAGCAGCAACAAAUGAUGGAUUUAAAAUAGCAGCAAGAGAUGCAGCACUAAGGGGACAGGGAACUAUUUUCGGAAAACACCAACACGGCAGAACUGACUUAGGGCUCUUCGCGGGAAUGUCUCUUCAAGAGAAAAUGAAUUUGCAGGCGGAAGCAGCAGCAGACGCGCGGGAACUUUUGGAGAUUUAUUUAAAAUCCAACAAAAUGAAAAAUAAAUACCUUUUCAAUCACAACAACACCACUAAACCCGCAGGCUGCAGCAGCAGCGCUGCGGGGGCCCCCCAGGUGCCCCGGGAGGGCCUCGAGGAGCCUCACGGGGGCCCUGAGGGGCCCCCCCCUUGUGGGGGUUCUGGGGGGCCCCCUGAAUGGGCCAAAAGGGUAAAUGGAGCUCCAGAGGAAGAAGUUGUGGAGGAGACAAAAAGAUUACUUGAGGCCCUAAAGGCCUUAAUGCCGCAGGAGAAAACCGAUUGGAUUGUGGCAAUUUAA